GACCGCCUCAGCCUCGCCAAAGCGGCCUUCGAGGAGAGUGUGGAAAAGCUUCGCGCGGAGUUCGAUCGUGUCCAGCAGCAUGCGCAAGAUUUGGCAUCAAUUUGCGUACAGGACGGUAAUGGCCAGACUCCCAUUGCUGAUCUUACUGCCAUGGCUUGCGCAGACGUUGCCAAACUUCGGGACGAGACUGCGCAGCCGAUGCAAGAAGAGAUGGUGAUUGCAGAGAUCGAUACGUGCACCACAAAUGCCUUGGAGAUGUCAGAGAAUGUUUUGGACGUUGUGAACUGUCGCGAGGAAGCCGAAGCCCUCCGGAAACGGCGAGAGAUGCAAAUGCCCAGCUCGUGUACCGGCGGGAAAACCGAAGCCGAGCUCGAAAAGUUUGACCGGAGGGCUGCCUGGUUGAACAUUGUCCCUGCGAUCGUUAUCGUGGCCAAUGCCCUCGUCAUUGGCAUCAGCCUCGAUCUCUAUCGUGGUCACAUUGGCUGGCAGGUGCUGGAAUACGUCUUCGUGGCCUUCUAUACCUUCGAAUUUCUCGCCAAGGUAUGGAUGUAUGGCUGGAGCUGGUACUGGUGUGGCCCAGAGCGUGCAUGGAACCUCUUCGACAUUGCUUGCUUGCUUGUCAUGUAUGUGGACGUAGCAGUCGCCACGAUGCUGCUGCUGCAGGGCCGUGAUAGCUCCGACGCCGAGGCCAUCUCCUCCUUGAAUUUGAUGAAGAUCUUCCGCCUGGCGCGUCUGGCCCGCCUGAUCCGCGCACUGCGCUUCCAGGUCUUCCAUGAGCUCAAGCUGAUCGUACUCGGUGUCUUCUCCGGAUUGCGCGUGAUCUGCUGGGCCAUCGUCCUCCUGGUGGUGCUUGUUUAUAGCAUCGGGGUUGGCAUGCGCAACUUCGUGGGAGAGGGACCUCAAGAAUCCGGCGUGGAGUUUGAGGAGUUCGAGACCGUGGCCGCUGCCAUGUUCACCUGUUUCCGGUGCUUCACGGAUGGCUGCAGCGCGUACGACGGGACCCCACUGUCUGAGCGCCUCCGGGAAGCGUAUGGGGGCCCAUUCAUUGUCGGCUACAUCUUCGUCACCAUGUUGGUGACGGUGGGCGUGUUCAACUUGAUAAUGGCCGUUUUUAUCGAGAACGUGAUGAGUUCCCAGUUCGCUCACAAGCAGACUGAAAUCGCAGACACUGCUUUGGGAAUGGAAACAAAGAUCAAGGACAGAAUCAUUCGCAAGUUGGGCUUGAAGAGGAGCAGUUUCCGAUUAUCGCCUGACCUCAAGACAAGAUCGGAAGGUCUGGACGAAGUCUUGCAAGUCGGUGGUCGGAACAUCUCAAGGGACGAGUUCGACAUGUGGCUUCGUGAUCCAGAUUUCGUGCGCGUGCUGGAUGAGGCCAGCAUCGACGUUUCGGCCCAGGUAGGCUUGUUUGAUGUGCUCGACGCAGAUGCGGGAGGAGAGCUAAGUGUGCGUGAGCUGGUCACUGGUCUCAUGAGCCUUCGCGGGCCCGUCACAAAGGGUGAUGUAAUUGGGAUGAGUUUGAAGAUUCGCUACCUGGUGAGCAUGCUUGAGGCGCAGCUACGGCUAAGAGCCCAGCGCGCUUGUUUCGUGGCAUGUGGCCUGCAUGCACUGUACAGUGUAGAGGCCCUCUUAUCACGAGGCUACUGCUACCUAGCCUCUGGCGCAGAGGAGCGGGCGCAGCGUGACUUUGCGGAAGUCAUCCACAAGGACGCAGGAUACAACCGGAAUGCCUAUGUCCUCAUGUCCUUGUCCCUAAAGAGACUGGGGGACCUUGGUGGCGCCAUCCGCUACCUGAACCGCUGCCUGAGCGUACAGGAUUUCGAGCGUGCCCGCGCGGACUUCCGGCAGGUGUUGCAGGAAGAGCUGGGGCACCCAGCCUGCUGCUACGGGUGCUGUUCUUAUUACUAA